UGCCAGUUCUUUGAAAUAGAUAAAUCGAGUAAAAAAGCUAAUAUUUUGUCAAAUGCGACUAAGUGUGAAAUCAGACUUAACCAUUGCCACGAGUUGCGGUAUUUACAAAAGAUGUGUAUGAAACAAGGUGUUUGUUUGUGAUCCAUUUGAAGAGAUUGAAAUAGCAGAGCGGAACACGAUCAUGAGACUGCUGCCGUAUUGCUCAGCACGACCUUGUUGAAUUGCUGGAAGUCCAAGGUAAGCGAGAUGAAUUCAAUCUCUAAAGCCCGGAAAAUUGGCUGAGCUUGUAAAGCGGCUAAACUAUAAAUACUGCUUCAUUUCUCACCUACUAAUUCGGACGAAAUGUGGGUUAUUGAUAGAAUGUCUUUUCAGUAUCUUUAGCUUUGUGCAUUCUAGUAUUUCAGUCAUAUAUAACGCCUGGACAUGGCAGCGAGCUCCACCCAUGAGGCAAUCAAGUCAUGGGUAAAUUACGAAGAUUUGAACAAAUUCUUGCAAUCUACUGGAAGCGACACGGCAAGAACGUCGAUCAAGUAAUGGUCAAGAAAAUUGGGACAAGACAUCAUUCCAGCCGCAUUGACUAUUCCUCGGAACAUCAAUACUUGAUGCUGUGGCUUUGCUUUAAAAUACUACAUUUCUAUAAAAAUGCUGAUUUGUAAAAUAAUGGAUACAGCCCUACGUUAAAAACAACACUGUACACAUUUAUCGAAGUGUUGUCCGAAUGAUAUCGAUUGGCUUGUGAGGUGUCGACCUGCAUAAAAUAUGUGUAUUUAGUGAAAUAUGCGUUUUACCCGCAAAUGACGGAAGACACAAAGUGCAGUCUGAUUUUGCUGUAGUGACAAGUAUGACAUUGGAAGUUUCAGCUCGUGAAUAUUCUGUACCUUUAUAUUUGAUAACCGUUAACUUCAUUUUAAUAUCCUAAUUUCGAUAUUUUCAUUUGGUGUUUGUAUCAUGCUGUAAGUAUACGAACACAUCUUGUAGGACUAGCAGCCACAUGUUUACGAUGUCAGGUUCACGGAGCUACCACUUCAGCUUUAGCACUUAGUAACGUAAAUCUCCCUCAAUCUACCCUU